AUGAAACACAGAUCUCACUUAAAACAACAAAAUAAGCAUUUUAAAAAAUUAAAAAGCCACAAGAAAAAUAAAAGUUUAAAAAAUUCACAGAAAAAAAGAAAAAAAAAUGUAACUCCAAAAUAUAGCAGUAUAUUGCUUCGGACUCACCAAUCUUAUAACAGCAAAGUGAAUAAUAUAAAAAACGAACUAGAGGAAAAAUCAAAGCACAUACCAUUUUACAGUUGUUUAAAUAUAUGUUUAUUAGGGUUUCAUGAGGAUGCUGAUGUACUGUCAUUUAAGAAAGAGUUUAUAAAUUUUUUAUGUGAGCAGAAUGGAGACAUUAUUAAAACAGAUAGUAUAAAUUUAUAUGAUACAUAUACAAUACAUGCAGAAAAAAAAAAAAAAAGGUCAUUAGUAAUUUAUGAUAUUCCAAGAAACAUAUACGGAAUUAUAGAUGGAACAAAAUGUGCUGACAUUGUAUUGUGUAUAUUUAAGGAUGGAACUAUUGAAAAUUCUUCAUUUGAUGAAUUGGGUUAUGAACUAUUAUCGCUUUUAAAAUUACAAGGAGUUCCUUCAGUCAUUGGGGUUGGGUACAAUACAGAUGAAAGGAAUAAGUAUUCACAGAAAUUUGUGAAUAGAUAUUUCAAUUCCGAAUUUACACAGCAGGACAAGAUAUUUUUCAUCAGCAGUGGUGGUAAUAACGAGGAUCGUUUCAGCAACAAGUGCGACUUUUACAAACUGUACCAUGAAAUUAUGAAUAUGAAAAUACGAAAUUUGUCUUACCGAGAGGGUAGGGGAUAUAUGAUGGUUAAUUCAUAUGCAUACAAUGAGGAAAAUGAUUCUAUUUUUCUAAAGGGUUUUGUGAAAGGUGCAGGGUUUAAUGUUAAAAACCCUAUACAUAUAACAAAUAUUGGAGAUUAUUACAUUGAUGAUAUAUACGUCAUAGAUGUGAUGACACGAAAGAAAAAUAACAGUGAAGAAGGAAUGGACAAAUAUGAGUUUAAUGAUUUCAUUCAAGAGAAUCAGAAAGAAGGAACAAAUUCCACAUUUAGUAAUUUCUUCCAGAAUAAGAACAUUUUAUCUGAUUCGAGUUAUUAUUUUAAUUGUAACAAUAUUAACUAUAGAUUUUUGCCUAUUCAGAAUUGUGAAAACAGAAAUAACAUGAAUGAGGAGGAAGAUUUAGUAUGCAUACGACAACAUAUCGAAGAAGAGAAUUAUCCGAAAAGCGAUAAUUUUAUGAUGCAAAAAAGUAAUAGUAAGUCGGAUACGCCCGUCACACGACUGAUUAACCCUAUGAAUGAAAACACAAGUGGGGAGAAUGCACUUGUGUAUAAAUUUAAUUUGAACGAAAGCUUGCACAGUAGAAAUGAUAGCAAUGGCAUGUGGGAUGACAAUAAUGAUGACGGCAGUAAUUAUCACAAAAAUGAGAUAAACACUUCAAAUUCGAGAUCUCUCUAUGGCACUACUGACAUGGAACAUCCAAGCACAUCGAAUGAGAAGCACAUGAUUUCUAACACUAUAAGUAGCAAUAGCACUCUUGUCGCCACAAAUCAGAAAUGCCAAUCAAACAAUUCUUGGGCAUAUGUAUCAAAAGAAAAGCAUGAAAUGGGAGAAGAUUUUAUAUGUUCUUAUAAUAGGAAUGAAACAUUGAAUGCGAUGAAAUAUUUUAUAGAAAAUAAUAAUACUAUUAAAAACGAAAAGAAUUAUUCAAAUAAAAAAACGCUUUCACGAGGAAGUAAUUCGGAUGGGGAUAAUGAAGAUGAUUUGGACAUAGAUGAAGAAAUCCAAAAUGAUGACACGGACGGAAGCACGGAUGGUAGCACUGGUGAUUGCACGGGUGGUUGUACUAAUGAUAAUACGAAUGGUAAUGCGGAUGAAGAUACCAUCGAGAGAGAUUUUAACAACUCAGACCAUGUCUAUCUGUGCAAAAACAUAAGUGCAAAGGAACGAUUUAAAAGGUACAGAAUUUUGCAGAGUUUCAAAUCGUCCUAUAUAGACGUAUAUGAGGAUUUACCAAUCGCAUAUUCACGCGUUUAUGAUUAUGAGAAUUACGAAAAUUUAAGUAAAUAUUCCAAAAAAAAGUAUAUAGAAAACUCCAAAAUUAUAAGAGGUGAAUUUACAGUAACAGAUGCCUACUGUUUAUUCGUUAUAAAAAAUGAUGGGAAAUUAUUACAUUUAAUAAAUGGUAUGAAAAGGAAAAAUUUACCUCUUAUCAUUUCAAGCUUAUUGCCAUAUGAACGAAAAGUAACAGUUGUCAAUAUGGAAGUAGAACGAAUAUUACCCCAUCCUGAAAAAGUGCAAUCAAAAGAUGUUUUUGAAAUCGUUUGUGGAUUUAGGCAUUUUCUAAGCCGUCCAAUUUUUAGUGAACAAAUUAUUAAGGGAAUACAGUCAAAGGGGAAAUAUGAAAAAUAUUUGAAGCAUGGAAAAAAAUAUAUAGCUUCGAUAUUUGGUUUUACAACAGUAACUAGUGCUCCCGUUUUUAUUAUAAAGAAAAUUGAGCAAAAAGAGGACUCAAAUCCGAAUUCUUUAUCAGUUGGAACGUUGGAAAAUGAGUUAUUUUUACAGUAUAUGGGUAAUGCUUGCGCAAUGGGAGAAAAUUCCAACACUGGAGGACUAUCGAAUGCAUAUUACAGUGCUAAUAAUUAUAAUCCUAAUAAUUUUUCUGGUUUAUGCAAUUCUGGGGUUUCAAAUAUGAAUGGCGAAUCUUGUGAACCCUUUCUUGGGUACACCACCGAUUGUAGGAAUACUGCAUCUGUGGUAGUUGCAUAUGGAAAAGUUGUUAAUUGUGAUUGUAAGAGAAUAAUUAUGAAAAGAAUAAGUCUAUGCGGAGAAAUUUUUAAAAUUCAUAAAAAAAAGGCUGUCAUACGAAACAUGUUUCAUAGACCUGAGGACAUAAAUUAUUUUAAGCCUGCACAAUUACAUACAAAAUUGGGGUUAACUGGAAAAAUACUAGAAUCUUUAGGUACCCAUGGAAAAAUGAAAUGCCUCUUUAGCAAUGUCUUAAAACAGCACGAUAAGGUUUUUAUAUUUUUGUAUAAAAGAGUUUAUCCGAUAUGGUACCCUCCCACGUGGGGUGGAAAUCCGCAUUUGGGUCCCGAUGAUAAGCCCCUGCAGUGCAAGGAAAGAAAGAUAAGCAUGCUUUGA